AUGGCUGAAAUCGAACGUCCACGACUUUUCUACGAUCCAAAUUCUCUUUCAAGUUUCAAUCGGUUUCGAAUUGUUCAUACGCAUCUUGAUUUGACAGUUAACUUCGACUCUCAUGUUCUCGACGGUUCUGUUCAACUCGAUAUUCAACCACUGGAUAAUCAAUCAUGCGAUCGUUCCUCAAGCAUAACAACAGAGAAUCACGAGAUUCCAAACAAUCAUGGAAAUAUUCUCGUACUUGACUCUCGUCAUUUAGACAUUAAACAAGUGAUACUCAAAUCUGACUCAAAUGAAAAGGUUCUUCCAUUUCAAAUCGAUAUCGAACGUGAAUCAUUGGUUAUUGAACUGAACGAUCUCCAAUUGGAUUCGAAUUUCUCAAUCAAAAUUUCCUACGCAACGUCUAGUACAAAAUGUACCGCUUUGCAAUGGUUAACGAAAGAGCAAACAGCCGAUAAACAAUAUCCGUACAUGUUCAGCCAAUGCCAAGCUAUUCAUGCACGAUCAUUAUAUCCAUGUCAAGAUACACCCGGAGUGAAAAGCACUUAUUCAGCAAAGAUAACAUGUCCGAAACCGUUGACAGUGUUGAUGAGUGGUUUGCAAAGCAAACAUGAUGAAGCGACGAAUACGUUCUAUUUCGAACAGAAACAACCGAUUGCAUCGUAUUUAAUUGCCAUCGCUGUUGGAAAUUUAGUUUCGCAUGAUUUGAGUCCACGUAUUCGCGUUUGGACGGAGCCAAGUAUGAUAAAGCAAUGUCAAUAUGAAUUCGAAGAAUCGGAACGCUUUCUAACGGCUGCUGAAGAACUUCUCGGCAAAUAUCAAUGGCAACGAUAUGAUUUUCUUGUGUUACCACCCUCAUUUCCUUAUGGAGGAAUGGAAAAUCCAUGUAUGAAUUUUCUGACUCCAACAUUACUCGCCGGCGAUCGCUCAUUAAUUAGCACCAUCGUUCAUGAGAUGACACAUUCGUGGACGGGAAAUUUGGUAACGAACGAAAAUUGGGAACAUUUCUGGUUGAAUGAAGGCUUCACGUCGUUCAUCGAAGCGAAGAUUCUUGGUAAUUUGUCGAAAAAUAAUGGAAAAGAAACUCGACGAUUUCAUGCUGCCCAGCAAUGGCAAGAAUUGAAAUCAGCUGUAACAACAUGGGGAGACGAGCAUCCGUACACUUGUCUGGUCUAUCGUUUACAUAAUGUUGAUCCCGAUGACGCUUAUAGUUCAGUUCAAUAUUACAAAGGUGCANAGCAUUUACCGAAAUUAACUAGUUUAACAGCUUAUCUAUGGUUUGUUAAAGAUGAUAAUCAUUUUUAUUCGUGGUUUAUCAAAGCAACACAGAAUUUCAAUAUUAUUUUCGAUCUUAAACCCACUAGAAAACGUGAAACUCUCUUAUCGGCUUGGAUUGAGCGAAAAUGA